GGCAUUGUGGCAAAUUGUCGGUGGUCCAAUCACAGAGGGAGUCACAAAUAUGCAAAUGCGGCGUUAUCGUCGUCACGUCAGCAGCAGCGGCAGAGCGGCUGAGCCGUGGUCGCCAGCAGGAGUACAACUAACAACACAGUCACAACUUCGCCGAUAACACUCUGCAUGUACUGAAGUUACGCUUUGGGGUUAAUUUCAGGGCUGGCACACUCUAUAAUGGACGUCCUGUAGCUCUGUAGAAAGGCUCAUUGGGACCAGCUUGGAUACACUGGUGUUCCAAAGGUUCCACUUAACCUCCAGCCUCUGCCAUGGACUUCUUUGAUGACCCCAACCUCUUUGUUGGAGGUUUGGAAGGGCUGGACGAGGAUGGCUUCCACUCAGCACCAUCGCUUGUAGAUGAGCUAAACCUCAGUGCAGAUUUUGAACCCCUCCAGGUGGAACCUCUUGUCCCAGGGAAGCAUCAAGACAUGAUGCCACCGGUUUCUACCCAACAAACCAUACACGGUUACAGUCAGCCGAUGGGUCAUUAUGCCGGCAUUAAAGCACAGAAUCCCAUGGGGCAAGCCUUUUCUGGUUCUCGGAGCACAUGUAGUGGCAUGAUUGUAGAGCAGCGUGGCCAGUACCACAAUGCUGCCAUGACCCAGGUUCCUCAGUCCAAUGGCCUGUUCUGCAACAGCGGCAGCCCAAUGUGGGGCAACCAGGAGCAGAAUGGGAAUAUGUACCAACCUUUAUCUCAGCCACAACAGCUUUGUCAUCAGCAGCAGCAACUGCACAACCAACAACUUCACGCCAGACAACAAACACAGCAGCAGCAUCAACACCACCCCUGUCAUCAACAAGAGGUGCAGCAUCACAGAAUGCAACAACGGCAAAGUCAUCAGCAACAGCUGUUAAACCAGCACCAACAAAUCAACACCCAGGCCAUGUCCCUGCAGCAACAGCAGCAUCACAAUUUUUCUUUUCCUCAAGGAAGUCAAUCCAACAGCCAGCAGCAAAUGCACUGUACUCAACAGCAGGUUCAGCACCAACUAACUGGAAGGGAACAACAAUUCCAUUCAAGGACUCUUUCAAGGAAGUCUUAUUUGGAAAGUCAAAAUGCUUCUCUGAGUGGGACUUGCUUACAAACACAGCAGCAGCAGGGUAGCUACCAGGUGAUCAGGGGAGGUCAAGCCUUCUCUGGUUCAGGACCGAAGGACCCCAGUCUCCCCUUCCCCAUGCACUCAUCAACCAUGGUUCACUCCCUGCCCACGUGCUCCAUCAGUUCUGCCAAUGCUUACCAAACGGCUCAGUACCCUGCCUACCCUGGAGAGCCAGAAAUACCCAGUCUCAGUCAGCAGUCUUUGUCCUCUGUGUGUAGAUCCGCCACCACUGCACCACUCACUUCUACAGUGCCUGAGAUAUCGGGGACCGCAUGCCAGUUUCCAUCCACAGCACUUAUGAGUCAGCAGCUAGCGAGGACCCCAGUUGGCCAGGCGGAGGAAUGUCCUUUCCGAGCCCUACGCUGUUCUGAAGAAACCCAGGGAAACUGCAAGUCAUCUGAGAUGUUUGGCGAAUCCAUGAGCUGCUACCCCAGCAUCGCCAGCCACCUGCCCUCUGAGCAGCCUCAGAGCUGCGGGGUUGUCAACACUAAUGGAUACCAAGCUUUGGGAGACGGCCUGUUGCCGUCAGACGCUCAGGAUGAAGACCUGGACGGUCUGGAACCUCCUGACCUCCUGCCUGACCUACUGCCCCAGCUAGAGGAUGCUUUCAGGCAUCAGGACGAAUCCAGCUGUUCCUGGGCUGAUUCCAUCCAGGAGAAGGGGCACGAGUAUAGGAAACCACCACCCACUGAAUACAAAGAAGAGAAGCCUCGGAAGAACGCUAAUGGUCCUGGGAGCCAGGUGCGGGUCCUCAGUCCCCCAAUGAAGAGCAGCUCGUCGUCCUCCUCUUCUUCUUCUUCGUCGUCGUCUUCAUCCAGCUCCUCGUUGGAAAAGAGGGUGCCACGGAGGACGCUUCAUCAGAUGGAGUCAACUCUGCACGAGAAGCAGGAGAAGGCGAAUAGGAUAAUAUCAGAAGCUAUUGCUAAGGCCCGGCAGCGAGGGGAGAAGAACAUCCCGCGGGUAAUGAGUCCAGAGAGCUUCCCCAGCUCUUCAUCGCAGUACAAGGCCCACCGUGAACGUGAGCACAAAGGAAACGGCAAGGCACGGUCCAGAGAUAAGGCCAGCAGGAAGGCCUGCAUUGUAUCCUCCUCCAAAUCCAAGCAGAAGCCCAAGAUCGGGAAAAUCGUCAUCAAGAUUGGAAAGAAGAAAAAGCGAAAGCCAGAUUCUUCAGAGGAGGAGUCGGAUGAUGAUCCUCCCCCUCGACACGCUUCUAAGGACGACGACUCCAAGAGGCGAUCUAAUCGCCAGGUGAAGAGAAAGAAGUAUGCUGAAGAGCUGGAGGCCAGGUUGUCAGAUGAGGAGGUCAAGGUUAUUGUCAAAGCCAAGAAAUCCAACACUGCAGCAUCUAAACAGCCUGCUCUUCAACUGUUUGUAGAGAAUCCCAGUGAAGAGGAUGCUGCCGUUGUUGACAAAAUCAUGUCUUCUCGUAUCGCUAAGAAGGAGGUUUCACCAGGAGUCGUGGUUGAAGUGGAGGAGUUCUUUGUAAAAUACAAAAACUACUCCUACCUACACUGUGAGUGGGCCACAGAGCAGCAGCUGGUGAAGGACAAGAGGAUUCAGCAGAAGAUCAAACGCUUCAAGAUGAAACAAGCACAGAGGGCGCUCUUCUUUGCAGAUAUGGAAGAGGACCCGUUUAACCCUGACUAUGUAGAGGUAGACAGAGUGCUGGAGGUGUCGUAUUGUGAGGACAAAGACACGGGAGAGGAAGUGGUGUACUACCUGGUGAAGUGGUGCUCUCUGCCUUAUGAGGACAGCACGUGGGAGCUGAAGGACGACGUAGAUCAGAGCAAGAUCGAGGAGUUUGAGCAGCUGCAGGCAGCCAAGCCAGACUCACGCAGGGUGGAACGGCCCCCAGCCAAUUUGUGGAAGAAGAGGGAGCAGUCGAGGGAAUACAGGAAUGGCAACAGCCUCAGGGACUACCAGUUAGAGGGGGUCAACUGGCUCCUCUUCAACUGGUACAACAGACGGAACUGCAUCCUGGCCGACGAGAUGGGCCUGGGAAAGACCAUCCAGUCCAUCACAUUCCUUGAAGAGAUCCAUCGCGUUGGCAUCAAAGGCCCAUUUCUCAUUAUUGCCCCUCUCUCUACCAUCGCUAACUGGGAGCGCGAGUUCCAUACUUGGACCCACCUCAAUGUCAUCGUGUACCAUGGAAGCAUGGUCAGCAGGCAGAUGCUCCAGCAGUACGAGAUGUAUUUCAAGGAUGCGCAGGGCCGUGUGAUACGAGGUGCCUACAGAUUCCAGGCUGUAAUCACCACAUUUGAGAUGAUCCUCGGAGGCUGUCCCGAACUCAACGCCAUAGAAUGGCGCUGUGUUAUUAUUGACGAGGCCCAUCGCCUGAAGAACAAGAACUGCAAGCUGCUAGAAGGGUUCAAGCUCAUGAACUUGGAGCACAAGGUCCUGCUGACAGGUACUCCCCUCCAGAACACUGUGGAAGAGCUCUUCAGCCUGCUCCACUUCCUGGAGCCGGCACGCUUCCCCUCCGAAAACACCUUCAUGCAGGAGUUUGGAGACCUCAAGACUGAGGAGCAGGUUCAGAAGCUUCAGGCGAUCCUGAAGCCAAUGAUGCUGCGCCGUUUGAAGGAGGAUGUGGAGAAGAAGUUGGCUCCUAAGGAGGAAACCAUCAUUGAGGUUGAGCUCACCAACAUUCAGAAGAAAUACUAUCGCGCCAUCCUAGAGAAGAAUUUCUCUUUCCUCGCUAAAGGAGCCGGCCAACAAAACAUGCCCAACCUGGUGAACACCAUGAUGGAGCUCAGAAAGUGCUGCAACCACCCCUACCUCAUCAAAGGGGCAGAAGAGAAGAUCCUAGAAGACUUCAGGGAAGUGCAUAGCCCCACUGCCAUCGACUUUCACCUGCAGGCUAUGGUGCAGUCUGCAGGGAAGCUGGUCCUUAUUGACAAACUGCUGCCUAAGAUGAAGGCAGGAGGGCACAAGGUGCUCAUCUUCUCCCAAAUGGUGCGCUGCCUGGACAUCUUGGAAGACUACCUCAUUCAGAGAAGGUACUUGUAUGAGCGGAUAGAUGGACGCGUUCGUGGAAACUUGCGACAGGCUGCCAUCGACCGCUUCAGUAAGCCCGACUCAGACCGCUUCGUUUUCCUACUGUGUACAAGAGCUGGUGGUCUGGGUAUCAACCUCACAGCUGCUGACACCUGCAUCAUCUUUGACUCUGACUGGAAUCCACAGAACGACCUGCAGGCCCAGGCUCGAUGUCAUCGUAUCGGUCAGAACAAGGCGGUGAAGGUGUACCGUCUCAUCACCAGGAACUCAUACGAGCGAGAAAUGUUCGAUCGCGCCAGCCUCAAGCUGGGCCUGGACAAAGCAGUGUUGCAGAGCAUGAGUGGCCGCGAUAACAGCCUGGGAGGAGGUGCUGGGGGAGGGGCUGUGCAGCAGCAGCUCUCAAAGAAGGAGAUUGAGGAUCUGUUGCGACGGGGCGCCUACGGGGCCAUCAUGGAUGAAGAGGAUGAAGGGGCCAAAUUCUGUGAGGAGGACAUUGACCAGAUCCUCCAGCGCAGGACAAAGACCAUCACCAUUGAGUCUGAGGGGCGGGGAUCCACUUUUGCCAAGGCCAGUUUUGUUGCAUCUGGAAACCGUACAGACAUCUCUCUGGAUGACCCUAACUUCUGGGAUAAGUGGGCCAAAAAGGCUGACAUCGACAUGGAUAUGGUGAAUGGCAGAAACAGCUUGGUGAUAGAUACUCCUCGCGUCAGAAAGCAGACGAGGCCGUUCAGCGCCACCAAGGACGAGUUAGCAGAGCUUUCAGAGGGAGAAAGUGAGAACGACGAAACCAAACCUAAGCUACGGAGAAACCACGAUCGCCUCAACAGCUACGGUCGCACUGAGUGCUUCAGAGUAGAGAAGAACUUGCUUGUAUAUGGGUGGGGUCGUUGGAAAGAUAUUCUCAAUCAUGGUCGUUUCAAGAAGCAGUUGACUGAACGGGAUGUGGAGUCCAUCUGCAGGGCCCUGCUCUCCUAUUGCUUGGUCCAUUACCGUGGAGAUGACAAAAUCAAGAGCUUCAUGUGGGACCUGAUAGCCCCGACUGAGGACGGACGCACAAAAGAGCUGCAGAAUCACCUGGGCCUGUCUGCCCCAGUUCCUCGGGGCAGAAAGGGUAAGAAGAUGAAGACGCAGUCUAGCUCUUUUGACAUCCAUAAGGCCGAGUGGCUUAGGAAACACAACCCUGAACACAUGCUUCAAGACGACGGUUACAAGAAGCACCUGAAACACCACUGCAACAAGGUGCUGCUCAGGGUCAGAAUGCUUUACUACCUGAAACAAGAGGUGAUAGGAAGCCAGGCCCAGAAGGUACUAGACGGCGUGGACUCCAGUGAGAUAAAGAUCUGGGUGCCUGAGCCUGACCAUUCAGAGCUGCCAGCCCUGUGGUGGGAUGCCAUUUCUGACAAGUGUCUGCUGCUGGGUGUCUAUAAGCAUGGUUAUGAGAAGUACAACACUAUUCGUGCAGACCCUACCCUGUGCUUCCUAGACCGUGUGGGACGACCGGAUGAGAAGGCCAUCGCAGCUGAACAGAGAGGCAAUGAUUUCAUGGAUGGGGAUGUGGAUGACCCAGAAUACAAGCCUGCUCCAGCAUUGUUAAAGGACGAUAUGGAGGAUGAUGCCUCUUCUCCCGGAGACUUGGUUGUCACUGACAACGCUGGAGAUGCAAUUCCACUGACAGAAGGUGAAACUACCUACUGGCCUUCAUCGUCGGUGUUGACAGCCAGACUGAGGCGUCUGAUCACAGCCUCCCAGCGCUACACCAAGAGCCGGCAGAUCUUACACAUCCACCAGACCCAGUCUCAGUCCCAGCCGACCAUGAUGCUGUCUGCUCCGCUCUGUCCCCUGCCCCCUACACUCAACGACACCAUCAACCCCAAGAUGGCUGCUAAGAUUGAACGCCAACAAAGAUGGACCAGGCGAGAAGAGGCAGACUUCUACCGCGUCGUGUCCACUUUCGGUGUCGUGUUCGACCCGAACCUCGGCCAGUUCGACUGGACAAAGUUCAGGGCCAUGGCUCGGCUGCACAAAAAGACUGAUGAGAGUCUGCAGAAAUACCUGUGUGCUUUCACCGCCAUGUGCCGACGGGUGUGUCGCCUGCCACCCAAGGAGGGAGACUCUGCAGUGGACACGUCUCUGAACAUCCAGCCCAUCACAGAGGAGCGAGCGUCACGCACCCUGUACAGGGUAGAGUUGCUUCGCCAGGUGAGGGAACAAGUCCUUCGACAUCAGUUACUCUAUGAGCGCCUGCAGCUGUGCCAGAUGAGCUCUGACUUACCUGUCUGGUGGGAGGCUGGCACUCACGACCGUGACCUGCUUGUUGGUGCUGCAAAGCACGGCGUCAGUCGCACCGAUUACCACAUUCUGAGGGACCCAGAGCUCAGCUUCAUGACUGCCCAGCGCAACUACAGCCAAACAAAAACGGCGCCACAGCAAUCCCGUACGCCCACCCCCCUCUUACACCCUCAGCACAAGGCUGCUAGCUCAGCGCUGACAGGUUCUCCACUGCCUCCACCAACCCAGAGGGACACAGAUUCCAGUUGGGUUGUGCCCAAAGUAGAGCCUGCUUCGGAGGGGGAGGACAUCAAGGAGAGACAGGCAGAGAGCUGGAGCCCUCCUCUCGUGCCAGCUACUUCCACAGGUCUGGAGGAGAAGCCCGUUUCAGUGGCAAAGGAAAAUGAGAAGCAGAUGGUGGCAGCAAGAACCAAACCCCUCGCACCCAACUCCUCAGAGAGGAAACCCAAGAAGGCCAGCAAGAGGGGUCGAAGGGAGGCCAGGCGAGGCUCCGAGUCUGACUCAGACGGCUCCUCCUCAAGCUCUUCCUCGCGCUCCUCUUCCACUUCCUCCUCCUCCUCCUCUUCCUCCUCACAUUCCGGGUCCAGCUCCUCCUCCUCUUCAUCAUCUUGCUCCUCAGGCUCUUCGUCGUCGUCGUCCUCCUCCUCAUCUUCUUCUGAUAACAGCGACAGUGAGGGAGAGGAAGGGAAGAAGAAAGUGCCUGCAACGACGAGCGUAAAGGGCUUUGACGAGGACAGUGUGGCGUCUCUGAGCACUACGCAGGAUGAAACACAAGACACCCAUGUGGCUGAGAACGGCAUCACCAACAACUCCUCUCAUCCUUUCCAGGGAGGAGGUUACAUGUUGGCUGCAUCCUACUGGCCAAAGGAUCGUGUCAUUAUCAACCGCCUGGACAGCAUCUGCCAGGCAGUGCUUAAGGGCAAGUGGCCAGGAACACGUCGGGUCUAUGAACCUGGAGGUGCAGUGGCCUCCUUUUACACCACCAAGCUGCUGGACAGCGCUAACAUCCUGUGCGAGGACCCCUCUGCCUCUCCACAGGGGUCAAAGGUGACCAAGCAUGUUGCAGAAAACAAGGAGUUCUCAGUAAAACUCAACAAUCAGGAGGGAGGUCUGAAGCUGACCUUCCAGAAACAAGGUCUACCACUGAAGAGACCCAUGGAGUCUGAGGAAGGCCCCCAGGCCCAGCAGCAGUACUUGGCCCGGCUUCAUGAGCUGCAGAGUGCUUCGGACACGGGCCUGGCUGACAUCACCAAGCCUCAGUGCAGCUUUCAGACUGUUCCUCCAGGUCUUACUGGUCAGAUGAGGCUGAACGGAGCACUGGAUGGUCAGCCAGUCGUGAAGAGGCGGAGAGGGAGGAGGAAGAACGUUGAGGGGAUGGAUCUCCUCUUCAUGAACAGGAGUCGAGUCCCUGCUGUUCCCGAUCAGGUGCCUCCAGGGUGGGGGGGUAUUGGCCAGGUGGGCGUGGCUGCGGCCCCUGUGCCCGGCUCCAGUCAGGUCCCAGAAGACAACGAGAGCAGGGUCCCCGUUAUCAACCUCAAAGACGGUACCCGGCUAGCCGGGGACGAUGCUCCCAAGAAGAAAGACCUGGAACAAUGGCUCAAAGAGCACCCUGGCUUUGUGGCAGACACAGGAGCCUUUAUCCUUGGAGUAAAUAAAAUGCAAAUGCAGUUCCACUACCAGGAUGGACGGCCCAAGCAGAAAAGACACCGCUGUAGGAACCCCAACAAGAUUGAUGUUAACAGCCUGACAGGAGAAGAAAGGGUCCAGAUCAUCAACAGGAGAAAUGCACGCAAGGUUGGUGGAGCCUUUGCUCCUCCUCUGAAGGAUCUGUGCCGGUUCCUUCAGGAAAACCCGGAGUACGGAGUCCCACCUGAAUGGGCUGAUGUGGUUAAACAGUCGGGUUACCUCCCUGAGAGCAUGUUUGACAGGAUCCUGACAGGACCAAUUGUCCCUGAAGAGGUGAGCCGGCGCGGACGUCGACCUAAGAAUCCUCUGGCGAAGGCAGCAGCCGCGGCCUCUGCAGCACCCAACCCGGCAGCCUCCGCCCUGGGUCUGAACCCCAUGCUGGCUAACGGCCUCCUCUCUGGGAUGGACCUCACCAGCCUGCAGGCCUUCCAGCAGAACCUCCAGAGUUUGCAGUCCCUUCAGCUCACCGCAGGCCUGAUGGGGCUGCCGUCCGACGCUAGCAACCUAGCAGCAAGUAACUUAGCUGCCAUGUUUCCCAUGAUGCUCUCUGGUAUGGGGGGAUUGCCAAACCUGCUUGGCAUGAGCAGCCUCCUGGGGAAGUCGGCUCAGGAAGGCGCUGAAGUCUCUGAAGAGAACAGCAGGGGAAAUAGCAGCGGUGGACCAGGAGAGCUGUCUGCCUCUAAAGCCUCGUCUCACACCUCAGACACUAAAGGAGACAGGACAGAGGGCUUGAACACGACUCCUUCCUCCACUUCCAGCUCCGCUUCCUCUGCCACCGCCACACAAAGUGCUUCAGCUGCCUCUGCAGCCUCCAGUCACUCACUUGCUCUUAACCCCUUGUUACUCUCCAGUAUGCUUUACCCAGGGAUGCUUCUCACUCCAGGCCUUAACCUUCCUGUGUCUGCCGCACAGAACUCUAACAGUGACCCCGCCCUUCCAACUGUUGCCCCUCCUCCUCAGCUUGCAGCCUCCCAGUCAUCGCCACAGGAGACAGAGCACCGACGGGCACAGGACGGAGAGGACGAGGGCGCGCUAGACGAGACUUUGGAUGACGAAGAGGAGGAGGAGGAGGAGGAGGAGGAAGAAUCCGCAGAACAAAAAGACACCAGUGGUCCCGAAGGUUCAGGGAAAGCAGAGUCAUCUUCAUCAGAGUCUGGGAGCUCCUCCUCAUCCUCAGACGAUUCAGACUCCAGUGAUGAGGACUGAUCCCACAAAUAUAUAAUUAUAAAUUUAUUUAUGUAUCGCCUAGAAAUAUACAUAUAUUCACAUAUAUAUAUAGAUUUCCCAGCACUUAUGUUGCGAUUUCUUUACAUGUAAAUACAAGAACUAACUACAAUGUUGUGUAAUAAAGAUUACGAAAAACUAAAAAAAAAACAAAACAAAAAAAACAGGAAAAACUGACUUAAAAGGAGCUGAAUUAAAAUCUCAAUGUUUGUUCACAAGGUACAGUCUUGUUUUGAGACAUUUUGCAUGUCAGACUUUAGUAGAUUUCUGAACUCUGUGAACUUGUACCACGCGAUUAUGUACAAUUGCAACAAAAAAAAGGCAUUAUUGUAAUUAUGUCAGGAUUAAUUUUAUUAAAAAAGUGAAACUACAUCAACAUGCUCAUUGAGCUGUACUAUUAAUAUAUUUUGAUUGUUGCGGGGUAUGCGGGGGGAGGGGAUUGACACUUGACAGACACUUUGGUUUCCCUUGUAAAUACUGAGUACUUUUACAGGUUCGUUGACACUUAUGCUUUGCAGAUCAUACGUUGGAUAUGUCAGCAAUAACUUGGGCAGCUAAUGAAUGUCACUGAAGCUGUAGAUUCUCCGUCUGCCAUGUUCCACCCUAGUGCACAACUCGCGCGGCCCCACCAACCCGUCACUCACCUUCGUGUCACUUUGAAGAAGGGAGUGUCCAUUUGUCUUUGGAAACGAUUACCUGAAGCUGGGGUGGGGUGGGGGGGGGAGGAUCUGUACAAGUAUUAUUUUCCAAUCACACACGAGUUUAAAUCCUUGGGAGAGGAUCAGGAUGUGUCCUUUUUUUUUUUAAGUAAAUCUCUCCGCCACCUUACAAACAUGUCCGAGGCGCACUUUAGUAGGCAUACACGUUCACUUGCACAUCUGUUGAUUCUGACUCGAGAGCUCCAGGAGCUUUGGUGACAGAAAACAACCUUCUACUGUGUGCCAAAAAAAAAAACAAAACAAAAAAAAAAAAAUAGGUAAACUGCCCUUUCCUUUGACCCUCGGAGGUCCUGACCCAGGGGUGCGGUCUCUCCGCAUAGUGGACGGAUUCUUGAGGGACAUUAUUACUAUUAUUACUACAGCCCAGGCAUAUUUGACUGCAUCUUACCUCAACUUUCCUAAAUGGAUUGGCUUCACUGUGCAAAUGUACAUGUGCAUGGGUACGUUUUGUCCACAAUGCUCUCUGCUGGAAUGUGUGUCGAGGCCUUUUUUUUUUUUUUUUUUUUUUAAACCGAGAGCUUCCACUGUGCUGUCUUUUUCUUCCCGGGCUUCUCCUCUCACCUGUUAUCUACUGCUUCCAUAACUUUCCAGUCUGAAUGUUGUGUGCUUUUUAAGAGAGUAGGCUUCACCAAGCUACUUACAAGUGUUCUUUACCUUCAUCGGGAGCUUGGAGGAAAUUCAAGUCCUUGAGAGACCGUGCUCGUUGCGUGGCGGCCUGCGUCCGUGCCGAACAUUCGUGGCACGAUGCGUUUGUAGUCGCUGUGAGAUAAGAUUGUCGGGACUGUCAUCGUUCGCUUUCAGGAGGGGCUUAACAAACCUUGCUGCGUCGUCUCGUUUCGUGUCUCUUCGUCCUCGACUCUGCUCUUCCGACGGACGGAGCUUCAGCUAGAUGUAGAAGUGCUCUUAUCCUGUACCUCACUCUCUCAUCUCGCAUCCGCGCAUUUCGUCCGGCGUCCCUGCACAUGUCCAUUUUAAGCUGUAACCAGGACACACACACACACACACACACAAACACUGGAGUUCUCUCGAGCCGAAGUACCUUUUUGUAACUCUCUAGCACAACAGUGCUCGCUCUAAGACUGCUGUUACACAGUGGACUGUUAGAUACACAGAUUAUUUCAGAGGUGAGGUUUAUGUUUGGGGUUGAGGCCGGGGGGGGGCUGCUGAAUUAGUUGUUAAGUAUAGCUGUAGCAUCACUCUCCAGAGGGGUCGGCCAUGAACAAUUGUGCGGCCUGAACACAAAGACUGAAGACACGUCUGAUUUGUAAUGUUGCUUUAAAGUGGUUCUCUUGUAUGCCUGUUCUGUAUAGACCUCGUCAUGGGUUUGCUUGCAAUGCAAUUGCAUUUUUUUUUUAUUAUGAUUACUAACAGUACGGUAUUUUUCUAUGUCUGAGCAAUGAACUUAAACAUGCCACUGUCAUUUUGUAUAUCUGCACCUCUGCUCUCUUGAAACUCGUAGUGCCCUUAUGCAAACACCCAGCCACUGCUGCGUCUGCUGUAGGUGACUGAUCUAAUGACUUUUGCUACUUUUUGUCCACCCCCCCCCCCCGGCGAUUGGUCUACGGAUUGACGACUGUGCUGAGCCUCUUUAGGACGCGAAGUGAGGGGGGUGGGGGAGGAAAAAACAAAAUGUAGACGUAAGACGGGGCUUUUCCCUUUCAUUUGCUUUUGUUCUAAUUUUCUUUAGGCUUUACUGUACAAGGCCUCCCAAAGCACUGCUGGCGCUAAAGAAGCAGUAAUCUGCAUUAAAUACAAAACACACGAAAUGACCAAUAUGCAAGAGGAGACGACAAAACACACUACUGCUGUACAGGGAGGUUUACAUACAUGUAAUCACCGAGGUGAAGAGCUAGCAUCAUGGGUUUUGUGUUUUUAUUUCAAGCUUGAUGAUAUCCUACAUGUCACCCUGGAUACUUUGUGUUUCUUUGACUCUCUACUUCUUUCUUUUUCAUUGGACAGUUGUGAUAUUUGCAAGUUGUGGUCUGUGUAGUCGAACAUAAUUCUCCAUGUAGUGCAGGAAAACACGUCUUAAAAAGUCAUUUGUAAUUUAUUGGAUUACUUUCUAUGAAGUUCUAUAGAGGAAAUUGAGGUUUAAUUAUUUUUAUUAAACAUAUUCUUCUGACUAUCAA